AUUUUCCGCUGAAACAUUAUCGUAUCAAAUGGUUUCUUCCCACUCUGUUCCUGCUUUAUCUUUCUUUCCCCAUCAUCAAAUCUGCUUUCAUGUUUUUGUCAUCGCCAAACUGAAGCCUUAGACUCUCCAAAAAGGUACCUUGUUUCUCAAGUCAUGGGACAAGUCCUGGACAAAUUUCAUGGGAGGGAAUGGAGAAAGAGACAGAUUCGCAGAAUCAGUGAUAGGGUUUUUGAGCGUGUCAAAAAUCAAUCUGUAAGACGUAAUUUAACGUUCGAAGAUCUUUAUAUCGCUGUCUUGCUAGUGUACAAUGAUAUUAAUAAGCGUUUGCCUGGGCCGCACAUUGAUCCACCCUCUAAGGACAAAAUCAGAUCAAUAAUGAAGGAGUGUGACUUAAACCUUGAUGGAGAAAUCGACAACACUGAAUUUUUGAAAUUCAUUCAGAAGGUUACGACCGACACCAUCGCUGUUGUUAGCCGGGGACUGCUUGUCGCUUUGGUUGCCGCUCCGACUGUAGCCAUGGCGGCAAAGAAGGCGACUGAGGGCGUUCCUGGUGUUGGCAGAAUGGUGCAGAAGGUACCCAAUUCGAUUUAUGCAUCCCUUGUGACCGUUGCAACUGUUUGGAUUCAAACAUCGUGUGAAGAGAUUGGAGAUUGAGUACAGCGUUUGUCAAUCUCUUCUGUCAAAAUUUUCUGUCUACUGUAGAUGAGAUAAGCUUAUUGUUCAGUUUGUAUAGAAUAAUGUCAUGCAAGUUGGCAUAAUAAUCAGGAGUAAAUCUCUUGAACUCCAUUGUAGAAGGCUUAGUUAACGUAUGAUAUUUGUUUCCGCAUUUCUUACCAA